UUCACACAUGCGCAGGGUCUCGUGCUGUGUGUAGAUGGUCCAUCAUGGCGGCUGCGUCCAGUCGGGUAGAACAAGCUUCAGCGGUUAAAACAGCGCCGCCGAUAGCCGCUGGUUUCGACCUGUCAGACCCGCCGGUCAUCGACGGCUUCACUCCUCUCUCCCGGCCCAGAGAAGAGGGGUUUAAAGACAAAUUCAUACGGAAAACCAAAGAAAACCCGUUUGUUCCUAUCGGUUGCUUGGGCACUGCAGGAGCGCUGAUCUACGGCCUCCGAGCCUUCAAACAGGGGAAGACGCGCCAGUCCCAGUUGCUCAUGCGCACUCGCAUCUUUGCCCAAGGAUUCACCGUCGUGGCCAUUAUAGUGGGUGUCGCUGCAGCGGCACUAAAACCCAGACAGUGAAACGAGGGUUCAGACAUCAAACCUAGACGCACCUUUUCCUCACGGCUCAUGUGAGCGACUGCAACUAACAGAUUUAAUUUUUAAAAAGUGUGUUUUGGUCAUCUUCGGAUGAAGCCUUAUAUUGGCAAGCAAUAGGAGUGCGGGGAACCCUACCGCAGUUAGGCGUGUUAGUUCAUUUUUCCCUCUUUCUCUACAUUGUUUUACAACUAUAUCUAUUUUUCCAUUUAAGUUUUCUUGUAGUAUCUUGUAAUAGAAAGUGUCAAACAUGGGUAAAUGAACAGGCCAAAAAUAAAAUGUUUCUGUGAUUGUUGGCUGAAGAUUACUUCUUGAGUUUUGCACUGGAGAUGCGACAGAAACCUUUAGUUCACACUAGCUGGCACACAAAGCAACAUCAACAAAAAGCAACUUUUGAAUCGAGAUUUUCUUAAUGCUAUGCAAAUUUAGUAUGAUCCAAAUGCUUGGUUCAAAUGAUUCCUUGGACCAAUCCACUGGCACGUGCAGUCUGGCGCACAGAUAUGGAAGAACAAGUCGAACCUGACAGGGAUGUACCUCCACCACCAAGUCUAGUCCUUCUUGUUACUAAUUUGUAUGCCAGAACUACCAUUUAAAAUGCACUUCAAAUGUUAAGGAAGCUAUGGAAGAGAAACUAUUUCAGACAUUUGACCGUGACCCUGUUUGGAUCAAUUCCAAAAUCUAAGCAGUUCAUCUGCUGGUUUCAAUGAUGAUGAUUACAAAUAAAUCCUAUAAAAACAUUCAACCAUUUUGUUCUUGUGGUGAUAUGCUAAAGAGAAUCUCGAACCCCAGACAAAUGGACAGACGGAAGGCAUAAAUUGUAGGCUUUUUUUUUUUGUAAUGACAACGAAAACAUAGUCCAGCAACUGUCAGAACGGCAAGGCCAAUUCAUUUGUUUGUGCUGAACACCAAAGACAUGGAUUUGAGAUCAAAAGAUGAAUAUGAAAUAAGAGUUUAGGAUUUCAGCUUUUAUUUCCUGGUAUAUAGAGGUGUUAAACAACAUAGAACCUUUUGUAUCAGACCAUCCAAUUUUUAUGGGAGCAAAAGUAUUGGAACAUAACGGUAUUUAUGUAAAUUAAAGACUUGUUCCAUGUCAGCUUGUUAGUACACCAGUGGUUUCUUUCUUUUUCAGGACAUCCUAAAUUGUUGUAUCGGCUAUGCCCAGUGCUUGUGUAAUGGCUCGGAUUGACUUUUCCCUCUUUUCUCAGCUUUAAAAUGGCUUGCUUUUCUCCCAUAGACAGCUCUCUGGUCUUCAGUUUGCUUUAUCCAUUUUAACAACA